AGUCGCCGCCACCCCCACCGGCGGACGCGGAGCGCCCCGCACAGGUUUAGACCCAGUGUGCCGGCCGGGCUGUCCCCAGCUUCAGAGCCAUGCCAGUCGGCGGCUGAAGCUUGAGGCAGUGAUGGAGCCCCUGGCACGACAGAAGCAGCCGCGGCAGCCACCGCCACAGCAGGCCCCACACCUGGCGCCUCUGCAGAUGGAUGCCAGAGAGAAGCAGGGGCAGCAGAUGAGAGAAGCCCCAUUCUUGUAUGCCCAGAAGCUGGUCGCACAGCAGACCCUCCUUUCUGCGCCCCCCGGGAGGCCAUCUGGCAGCCCUACCCUGGGCCCCCUGGCCAGAGGGCCACCGUCCGCUGCCGUGGCCCGAGUUUUUGAACAGAGCAAUGUGAACUCCGAGCCUGAGGAGGAGGAGGGAGGUCUGGAAGAUGAGGAUGGGGAUGAUGAAGUUGCAGAGGUGGCUGAGAAAGAGGCCCAGGCCGCGUCCAAGUAUUUCCAUGUGCAGAAAGUGGCUCGCCAGGACCCCAGAGCAGUGCCUGGAUCUGGUCUGCUUCCAGCACCAGCACUCCCAAUGCGUGGCCAGCAAGCUAAAGAAGACCAUACCAAAGAUGCUUCCAAGGCCCCACCUUCGGUCUCCACAGCUGGGCAGCCGAGCUGGAAUCUGGAUGAGCAGCUCAAGCAGAAUGGUGGUUUGGCCUGGAGUGAUGAUGCUGAUGGAGGCCGGGGAAGAGAGAUCUCUCGAGAUUUUGCCAAGCUGUAUGAACUGGACGGUGAUCCGGAAAGGAAAGAGUUCCUGGAUGACCUCUUCGUCUUUAUGCAGAAGAGGGGGACCCCCAUCAACCGAAUCCCCAUCAUGGCCAAGCAGAUCCUGGACCUGUAUAUGCUGUAUAAGCUGGUGACAGAGAAGGGGGGCCUGGUGGAGAUCAUCAACAAGAAGAUCUGGCGGGAGAUCACCAAAGGCCUGAACCUGCCCACAUCAAUCACCAGCGCCGCCUUUACCCUGAGGACCCAGUACAUGAAGUAUCUCUAUGCCUAUGAGUGUGAGAAGAAAGCUUUGAGCUCCCCAGCCGAGCUCCAGGCAGCCAUUGACGGCAACCGGAGGGAGGGCCGGCGGCCUAGCUACAGCUCCUCCCUCCUUGGCUACUCGCCUGCUGCCGCCGCCGCCGCUGCCACUGCUGGGGCCCCUGCCCUUCUCUCCCCACCCAAGAUCCGCUUCCCCAUCCUCGGGCUGGGCUCCAGUAGUGGUGCCAACGCCAGCAGCCCUCGGAUAUCCCCAGCAGCCACUCUCAGGAAAGGUGAUGGAGUCCCGGUGACGACAGUGCCCGUGCCAAAUCGCCUGGCUGUGCCCGUGAGCUUGGCAGGCCAGCAGGCCGGUACCCGGACGGCCACGCUGGAGCAGCUGCGGGAGCGGCUGGAGUCAGGGGAACCCCCCGAGAAGAAGGCACCCCGGCUGUCAGAGGAGGAGCAGCGCCUGGUGCAGCAGGCCUUCCAGCGCAGCCUGUUUACCAUGGCACGGCAGUUGCCCAUGAAGAUCAGGAUCAACGGCAGGGAAGACAGAUCGGAGGCCUCGGCUGCAGCACUGAACCUGGCCACAGGCAGCAUCGGGAGCAUCAACAUGUCUGUGGACAUCGAUGGCACCACCUAUGCAGGUGUGCUGUUCGCCCAGAAGCCUGUGGUCCACCUGAUCGCGGGGCCCACCCCCCAGAGCGUGGGUGGCAGCGCCAGCGGCAGCAGCAGCUCUCACUGCUCACCAAGUCCUACCUCGUCCCGGGGCACCCCCAGCGCCGAGCCCUCCACCAGCUGGUCCCUCUGAGGGGCAGGACCCAGCUCCCCAUGCCCCACUCUCCUGUCGAGAGUAAAGGAGGUUGAUGCACAGAAUUUACCUCAUCUCACGGAGCCCAUGUCAAACACCAUUUGGCCAGACUAGAGUUUGGACGUGUCCGUCUGUCCAGGCUUCGUUCAGGUCCUGCUGUACUCUGGGGACAGGGAGAGGCUGCAGGGGCAGGACAGGGCAGCGUUGUCCAAUCAGGGAUCGUCCUGGAGAACCGGGCGGGGUCUGCCGGCAUCCAGCUUCCUUCCUCCUUGGUUCCCAGGCCACCUCCCGUCCGGGGCAUGGUGUAUCGACAAUCUGUAAGCCGGCACAGGGCUGGAGGCCCUGCACAGCCCUUCCCCUUUAAUUUAUUGCCCUUCUCCUUCCCUCUGUCAUGACCCCAGGGUCACUGGCCUCUUCCCUUGCUCAGUCCUCCGAUCUUUAACUCCCAUGUGGGGCUGUGAGAGCUGAAGACCAUGCCUUUGUGGCCCUUCACUCCCGAGCAUGGGAUGGGGCCCUCCUAACCUGCCUUCCCUACCAUGUUUGGUUCCAGGGGUGUGGGUCCCUCAAAUUCAAGUCUUGAGACAGUUCUCAGGGCCCUAUACUCCCCUUUUAGUGGUCCCAGGAAGGGGCACACAAAGGCAGUCCUCAAGGUCCAGGGCUUACUGGUUACCUGCUGAGGGAGAAGCAGAGCCACAGGGGGCUGCCCAGGCAGGCCCUGGCACCCGUUUCACACUGACCCUUUUCUGGCCCUCCCAGACCUCACGCCUUCACUCACCCUUGUUGGCCAGCUCUCCCAAGAACAGCCCACUUGUCCCUCGGGCCCUCCCUUCUCAUGGGUUCACCUCAGCCCCAGCAUCCCCAGACCUGCUGACGUCAGGUUCAUUGAAAUACCUCAGAUUUGUAAUUGUUGAUGUUCUUCAGGAAGUAUUUGCAUCUCUGAAAUCCUUUUUAUAUGUGUUUUGCUGACUUUUUUGUUUUUAAUUUUUAUUGUUGUUAUUGUAGCACCAAAGAAAUGAAAGCAGAUUACCCCCAAAGCCGAGCAAACAUUUGGUACCCCAGCCCCUCCAGCCCUUUGCUAAGACCCCAGUGAGGAGGCGGGAGGCAGGCAGGAGAGAUGACUCAGGGAUCACAGUGGUGGGGAAGGCGGUGGAAUAAGAGGCCUGUGCUCUCGAAGGUUGGGUCCUGAGACCACACAGUUCAGGAGAUGGCCCUGACCCAUUUCAUGCUAGAGCAGGGCUUGUCCCACACCCCUCCCUGGCUCCCCAGGAUGGGGACAGAAUGGUUGCCCUUCACUCAGCAUUCCCAUCUCAGGGUAGGGGCAGGCCAGAGAGGCUGAGCCGCCCCAGGGGAUAAGGGGAUGCUCUUAGAAGAGGGGAGAACUCCGUCCUCCUCUGGGACCCUGGGCUGGAGCAGGCUGCUUCGGUGUUGGAAAGAUGACUUAUUGCCACGCAAGGCUCACCUCUCAUUGAGUAGGCCCUGCAGAGCUCCUGGAACACCACCCACUGUAACGUCAUCAGGCUCUGGUGGUGACAGGCCACGCCGCCUGCAGGAGCCCUCGCAUGACUAGCAUUCUGCCCUAUAAAAGGAAAGGGAAAUCAAAAGCUUGAGCACAAAACAGCUACCUCAGCCUGGUGAGCUGCAGCUCUGCUGGACUGCCAUCUUCUCGCCCCUUCCCCAGCCUUCCACGCGCUCGCUUUCCCACACACACUCUCACACAGCCCUGCCGCUGGGGCCUGACCCUCUUCUGGCCUCAGGAGCCUUCCCACCUUGCCCACUCUGGUGGGCAGAGAAGGGCCUCUGGGAUCUGGUGCCAUGAAGGAGCCCAGUUGGCUGGCGCUGGGCCCACCUGAAAGUGUCGCAGCAUUUGGCCAGUUUGUCUUUCUCAGGGGUUUGGUCACGAAGGAUGGACUCUUCCCAGCCAGAGGAUGCAGGGACAGCAUACUGAGGUUUUCUGGUCAUUAGAUCCUCUCCCCUUCCCCAGGCAGCUUGAAAGCCCAAGAGUGGGGAUGCCAGCAGGUGUCCCAGGAGCAGGGACCCUGGCAAGAGAAGCUUUCCCGGAAGGCCUCAGGGCAGGCUGUGGGCCAGGACUGCUCCGGCCCCUCCCCUCCCCUCCCUGUCUCUCUGUACUCUGGCCAGGAAAAUGUGCUAGCACAUGAGUAGCCUAGGCAGUGAUAAAUACCUCAGAUGUCCUCUUGCAGCAAGUGUCUGUAUAUGUGGUGGUUUUUUUCUAUCCUACAUGUUCUCGAAUGUUUAUAUUUCAAUAAACCUCUACCUCUUCACACAA